UCUCUCUCUCUCUCUCUCUCUCUCUCUCUCUCUCUCUCUCUCGCGUUUACGCAUUCGAAAACUCAAAUCUAAAAAUCAUGGCGGCAACAAGCGACGAGCAGAUGAAUUCGCUUCUUUCCAAUUUCGAUCAGAUCUACGAGGAUUUUAAAAUCGGGUUGAAUGAGAUCUAUGCUUACAGAUCAAAGAGCAGCGUUGAUACAAGCAAAAGAGAGGUUCUAGAGAUUACUAAUAAAACUCUUAAAGAAGAGAAUGAAAGGCUGAAGAAGCUUUACACGGAUUCGCUUAGCAAUUUUGCUGAUCAGCUUGAGCAUCGAACUAAGUGCCACAACUUGAAAGAAGAGUUGAAGAGAGUGAUUGAUGAAAACAAAAGCAAACAACAUGAACAUAGGAAUGCUUUUGAAUCACUUAGGCAGAAGCAUGUAACUAAUGUUGAAGAGCUAGAGAACAAAAUCAGGAGCCUUUUGGUUGAAAAAGCAACAAACGAUAUGGUAAUUGAUAGGCUUCGCCAAGACUUGACAGCUAGCAAAUCGCAUAUUCAAGCAAUGUCUAAGAAACUGGAUCGAGUAGUUUCUGAAGUGGAAUGCAAGUAUAAACUCGAGGUUCAGGAUCUAAAGGACUGCCUUCUAAUGGAACAAGAAGAGAAAUAUGAUAUCAGUAACAAACUUCAGAGUCUCCAGAAGGAAUUGGUUAUUAGUAGAACGUCAAUAGCUGAACAGCAGAGGGAUACAAAUUCAAAUCGACAGGUAGAGACUUUGAAGCAGAAGCUAAUGAAACUGAGAAAAGAGAAUGAGAUCCUUAAACGGAAACUAUCUUCUUCAUAGAACAGCCAGGAAACAGACACUUAAUCUGUCCUUCACCGAGUAAGUUCCAUGAACCCAAAGCACUUUCUUCAGAUUACUUUUGUGGAUGAUGCAGUUGAAAACAUACACCAAAACCUAUAGUUGCCAUCUUAAAAGGCAUAUAAAAUAUGAAACUGAAUAGGAACCAUACAUAUAUUACUAGUAGAAACUUUAUAAAGACAAGUUCUUGUGAAUUCAGUUUACAAGAAAUUGGACUCUUUAAGACGGCAUUAUUCGUUAA